AUGGUGAACAAAAUGUACAACGUAACUUCAAAUAAAAAUGUUAAGGCGGGAAGCAAGCAUAAUCAAAUUUUAAUGUCCAUCGUGGUGUGCAUGCCGAUCCUAGCAUACGGGACCGCCAUGGGGUGGAUAUCGCCCAACAAAGCGCUGCUGAUGGGGGAAUCCUCCCCCUCCGACGCGCCCCUCACUGAAGAGGAGGUCUCCUGGAUGGCGUCCAUUAUGUUCAUCUUCGCGCCGAUCGCGGUCUUCAUUUACGGUGUGGCUGCUGACAGAUUUGGCAGGAGGAAUGCCUUGCUCUGCGCUUCCCUACCCAUUUCUCUCGGCUGGGCCAUCAAGCUCAUCUGCGCCCAUCCAAUAGCUCUGAUUGGAGCCAGGGCUUUGAUCGGCUUUGGCUCCGGCGGUGGCUUCGUCGUCUGCCCGCUCUACGUAAAGGAGAUCAGCGAAGACAGCAUUAGGGGAAUGACUGGAACCUUCGUCAUAUUCUCUCAGACUGUCGGGAACCUUCUGGUCUUCGUGUUGGGCGACCUACUUCCCUUCAACACCGUGCUGUGGAUUCUUCUCGCCAUUCCGCUAGUCCACUUCUGUAUACUUCUGCGGCUGCCAGAAACACCUUCUUACCUUGUGAAGUGCGGUAAGAACGAGGAAACGGCAAGGGUCCUCGGCUGGCUUCGAUCACUCCCCACUGACGACAAGACCAUCAGUGAGGAAGUAGACCGCUUAAUCAUCGAGCAGACCACCAGCGAACUCAAGUUCUCCCCACGUCUUUUAUUCUCGGACAGGACCGCGGUGAAGGCGUUCUGGGUGGCGCUCAUCGUGAACCUGACGCGCGAGUUCUGCGGCUGCAUAGCCGUGCUGGUGUACGCCAGCCAUAUAUUCGCCGAGGCCGGCCGCGACCCAAACAGCAGCAUAGCGCUGUCCCCCAACAAGCAGUCGAUCCUCCUGGCGGCCGUCCAGAUAGUCGGCUCCUUCCUCGCCUGCCAGCUCGUCGACCGCGCCGGCCGGAAGCCGCUGUUGGCGGUGACCAGCGCGGUGGCCGGCUUCAGCAUGUGCCUGCUCGGCGUGUGGUUCUACCUCCAGAGCGUGGGCGUGUACAUGCCCGGCUGGGUGCCCAUAGCGGCGCUCUGCGUGUGCAUCUUCGCCGACGCCUCCGGGCUGCAGCCGCUGCCCUUCGUCAUCAUGACCGAGAUGUUCAACUUCCAACUCCGCGGCACAGUGGCAACCCUGAUAAUGGCGAUUUCCCUCGGUACCGAUUUUGCGCUGCUGAAGCUGUUCGCGCCCCUCAACUCGUGGAUAGGGUACCACUCCACCUUCUGGGUGUUCAGCGUCGUCUGCCUGUCCAACGUGUUCUACCUGAUCUGCUGCGUGCCGGAGACGAAGAUGAGGAGCUUGGAGGACAUCUACGCAGACCUAGAAGGGGAGAAACGGAAGGACAACGGGCAAAUUGUGGAAACAAACCACGUG